AUGGAGAAGUCACCUGCCUUGGAGAUUCUGGGUACGUUCUUCACAACCUCCUCCUCUAGAUUUUUCGGUUUGCCUAACAUUAAUCUGUUCAAUUUCCUAUUUUUUCCUCUCUUGGGUUCUCCAGUUCGAGAACCAGAGGGGUUCUCCAUCUGGAAGGGGCCGCCUUUUGGAAACGGGCAACCUCAAGUCCAGCUUGAAAGAGUUUCCUGCAGUAGUGCAAAGUUCAGUGACAACGGUUCCAGGCUCAUGGUGAUAAAAGACAGUUCCAUCAUCAGCAUCUAUGAUUGCUCCAAGUUUACAGAGAUCAGAUGCUUCAAUAUCCCUUCCAUCCUCGCAGCCUCGUUAUCUCCUCGUGGAGCUUAUUUGCAGACUUUCCAAAAGCCGUCCGCACCACAAGAGAAAAAUGUUGUAUUGUGGAGUGUUGAAAGUGGUUCUUCUGUUUAUCACCAGUCCAUGAAGAACAUGUCGAAAACCACAUGGUUUGUUUUUAACCGGUUCGUGUCCUUUAUAUAGGCAACUUAAUCUGUGGUAUAUUAAUUUCUUGUAUGGUUUUUUUUGUAGGCCAACUAUUCAAUUUAGCUUUGACGAAUCUGUUGCUUGCCGCUUUUGCACAAAUGAAAUACAGAUAUUUGACGGAAAAGAUUUUUCCAAGGGGAUCAUCAAUAGGCUCAGGGUACCUGGAAUAGCAGCAAUGGAGCUUUCAAGGACUGCUGGGUCUCAUAUUGCUGCAUUUGUUGCAGAAUCUAAGGUUAGAAUUAAACCCAGGCUAAUGUAGGUUCUUUGAACCGCAUGCAUGAAUCUAGUCCAAACCUGCAGGAUGAUGAAGUGGAUGAUGUAAUUCUACAAGCCAGAAGUAUGAAAGGACAUUUAUUCCUAUAAAUAAUAAUAUAUAAACAAGAUACAGACUUCUGCUAUUUUCGAGCUUUCAUCUUGACAUAGAAAAAUUUAAGGUAACCAUCGUUUGUUCCUUUGUAAAAGGGUAAUUAUACUUAUUCAACAAAGAAUUUUGAUUCUUUUCUCUACCAAACUUGGUGGAUAUGGACGUCUGGAACAAAGGGGAACAUGAUACCCUAAGAUGAUUCAUGUUAUUUGCUUCUUAAUUGACAUUUAUCACUGGCUACGCGUCAUGGCAGCUCUGCAGAUACUGAGUGUGCUACCCACACCAUUUUACCUUUCCCCCUUUUUUACUCCACGCUAAUUCCAAACAUUCAGACCGAAUGCUUGGACGGAUGAACUUCUGGAUGGAAUUUGGACUGACAUAUAUAACUUAGCUUUUAUAGAACUUAUGCAUUAUUCUUUUAAAAUUUAUUUUCCUCAUAUUCCAUUAUGUUAUUCUUAUUUAUAGUUAUCAAUUUUCAAAACUCAGGGUAUGCCGGCCAGUGUCCAAAUUUUCUCGUCCAAAAAGGACGAACAACCUCAGCCAGUUGCUAGGCGUAGCUUCUUUCGGUGCUCUACCGUCCAACUGCAUUGGAAUUGCAUAUCCACUGGGUUAUUGGUCUUGGCUCAAUCAGACGUUGACAAGACAAACCAAAGUUACUAUGGCGAAUCAAAAUUGAAUUACUUGACAACUGAUGGGAGUCAUGAAGGACUUGUUCCUCUUCGUAUGUUAUCUGUUGUUGCUUUCCAAAUUUAUGCAUGCGAAGAUAAGGUAUUUACUGAUGACAGGUGGAAAUUUCAGGUAAAGAAGGACCUGUUCACGAUGUUCAGUGGUCUUCAUCAGGACUUGAGUUUGCUGUUGUUUAUGGAUGUAUGCCAUUUAUAUACCUGAUUUCACUAAUUUUCUUUUCUUUCUGUUUAAGAUCAGGAAACGUCAUUUUUUGAUUCCAAUGUCAUUUUUCGUUUCUUUUCAGUUAUGCCUGCGAAAGCCACUGUGUUUGACAGAAAGUGCAAUCCAAUUGUUGAGCUUGGGGCGGGUCCAUACAACACAAUAAGGUUUAACCCAAAAGGAAGGUGUAUCCUUUAUUUAGGUCGUCAUAAUAGCUACUAAUUAGGGCUAGGGAGACAGAUUUCCUCUAUACACUUUAUCGUUUUAUAAGAAACAGUCAUAGAGUACAAUAACAGUUCUUUAUACUUUUGCCUAGUAGAUGUAAUCACAUGCAUUACAUUAAUCUUUUCAUCUCAUUUGAUUCAGUUUUCAAGCCGAAAUACUUGAAAAUGACCUCGCUGAGAUAGCUCUCCACUAUUUACUUUAAUAUGAUGCUUGGUUUCUGAAGUUUUUUCAUAAAUUUCAUCAUGUAUUACUCUCAUGGCCUAACAAAUCCUAAAACCUUGAAUCACAUUCUCUGUAAUUAGAUUGAUAAGGGGUUCCUUUUCGUUGUAUAGCAAGGGUAUAACAACUUGUCUGCAUCCUUUUGGAUUGGUGUCUAAACUACGCUUGUCACCUUAAUUGUUAUAUACACAGUUCUUUGCUUGGCAGGUUUUGGUAACCUCCCUGGUGACAUGGUAUGCUCUAAAGAUUUGCGGCAUCUGUAGCUGCUGGAUGACUUACUCUUAUAUGCUAUUUGUAACUUGCAUGUCUCCCUUCCCUUUUCUCCUCCUUUUAUGUCCUGUCUACAGAAUGAAUGAUUUUAUUGUACUUUUUUCACUGUUUGGUAUAAGAUAUAAAAUCACUGAGACCCAACAGGACUGUACUGAUCCGUGUCUACCUAGUGAUGACAAUGCCGUGCCCAAUAUAGUCAGAUGUACUGUUUCGCAUGAAGUUCAAGUCAGACUUCCAUCUUAUAUAUACACUUUUAAGUACAUGUGGAAGCAAAAUAUUCUAGCUCGAUAUUGAUAGAGGAAGCUCCUUUCAUGGUCUUAGAGAAAGUUCUAAGUGAAUUAGAGAUGUGACCUCCAUAUCCUGGUGCCUACCUUCUAGCUUGAGCUGGUUCCAAUGGCAUUAUAGUUUCAGCAUCCCAAAUUUUGUUUCGUGUGAUCUACCCUGUUUAGAUGAUUUGUUGUCCAUCUAUGGUUCACGCACAUAAAUUUCUUUUUGUUGAAUAGUCAACUGAUCAAGUGUGUUCUGUGGAGCUAAAGAAGUUGAUGGCCAAGGAUUUUUUUUUAAUAAAGAAGCCUUACCUUCUGAGUCAGAUUUCUUUUCCUCGUUAGGUCCAUAUUUUGAAGUUUUUUUCAGGAAUUUUCACUGAUCAAAGGAAAAGUUUUUCAUAGGCCGUAGUCAUAAUGCAAGCAGUGAAAUGUUACCCCUCUGACUGUCUUUGGUUUUAGACAUUCUCGUAUCUCGUGUACCUUGGUAUUUUUUCUCAUUUUAUCAGGUUCUUUGAUAUUUUAGGCAUUUUGGGAUUAUUCAGAAAAAAAGCUACUUGGGAAUACAAAGGCUGAAUGUUCAGUAACAAGUGAGUGGUCACCAGAUGGACGCCAUUUUAUGACUGCCACAACAGCCCCUAGACUUCAGAUUGACAAUGGGUAUUUGAAACUGCUCUUCAUCGUGCUCUUCCUUUGGGGCUUUUUUCUGUUCUUUGAGCUGACCCUAUUCUGUUUGUGAUGGAAGAAUAAAAUUUUUUGGCACCAAUGGAUCGUUAUAUUUUGGGAAAAUGUUUGAUAGGCUGUAUCAGGUUGGUAAUUCAUACUUUCCCCCAAAUUAAAUUGCAGAUUCAAAAUUUUCAAUCGCUUUUGUUUUUUUGGUAUGUGCUUAUCCAGGCAGAAUGGAAACCAGAGGCUCCCGAGAAAUUCAGUGAUUUUUCAGAUCUUGCCCAUUCUGUCAGCACCUUGAAAAUUGACGAUAAUAAAAAGCAAGGUGCUUUCUUUUUUUAAUGGCUGUAAAAUAAAAAUCCUUGUACUUAAACUGAUGGACUUUGACUUCCAGGACACGAAUCGAAGUCAUUCCCCUCGUCCACAAAGACUGCUGCAAUGCCCACACACAAGCCUGCUGCAUAUCGUCCUCCACAUGCCAAAAGUGCUGCUGCAAUUCAGGCAGAGGUAAAUAAAGACACGGAAAUUAUUGAAUCUCAUUUGAGUUCUACUAGAGAUUUCUAUUAGUUCUGCAGCAGGGUUGCUAUGUUGUAAGAAGAAUAGUUGAUGGAUAUGCUCUUUUACAAAGGCUAUUUAUGGGAACCAAAAAGUAUUGGAAUUUUGAAGUUGUACAGAGGGAUUUUGAUCUUAUGUUUUAAUCUCUAUUACCUUUUGAAGGCAAUUCUAAAAUGAAGCUCAAAGCUAGGAAGUACGAGAUGGCAACAAACUGUAUCUUUAUUUGAAAUUGUCUCAACUUUUCAUAAUGUAUUUACGUGUGUUUUAUUUAAUAUUUCUGUUUAAGGUUUAUCACCGAUUUUGCUAACAUCAAGUUUAAAAUCCAUUUCCAACUCGUACUUCAAUUUUUUUUGGAAUGGACCUCUGUUGGGUUCUUAAUUGCGCUUGAGUUUAUGCUAUACCCACUAUUAUAAACUCUGCUGUAAUGGGAUUGGUGGGCAGGUUCUAUACACCAACUGUCUAAAGAUGUUCCCAGUAAUCUUGGUAAGUGACAUUGCGUCUAGGGGAAAUCUCCUUCAUCUCCUCUAUAUAACUUUGAGUCUUGCAUAUACCGUUGGAGCAUUGUCAUUCUUCAUUUGUCGUCAAUCCUUAAACCCUCCUGUAGAGGCUUAAUCGUAAUAUUAUUCUAACCCUCCUGUAGAGGCUUAAUCGUAAUAUUAUUCUAUCCAUAUAAAAAAUACGUCAUAUUAAUCCAGUGACGUGCGAUAGAUAACACUAAUUAUUCAUGGAAGAAGCUGCUUAGGUUUGAAAAAGGCAGAUGCAAUCCAACUUGUGUGAGUCAGGAGAAGUUGGGGCACAGUUGCAUGCUAUUUCUUUUUCUUUCAUAAUUAUACAAUGGUAGAAAAAUCAUCCAGAAGAAAUAUGACAGAAAAUGAGUGAGAAGGUAGUAGCGAUGGGCUUGUAAAGAGGGAGAUUUAAAGGCAUGGGCCUAUAUGCUGGGCAUUCAUCGAAAACACAGCCUGUUUUUUUCAACCAUGUUUUUUCAAUGUUAUGUUGAAGGUGUUUUCUCUUGUUCUCUUUUUCUAUUUUUUCUACUUGUUUUUCAAGGAGGGUCUCACUUCCAUCAAUUGCAGGUAAUUCGAAUUUGAAAAGAAAUGGAAAGCAGUUCAAUCAUUUCCUGUCUAUCCUGCGAGUUUUUCUACAUAUUAACGUAUCAUGUAAUUUUUGAUAUAUGAUGGAUUUCCUGACAUUCCUUAUUUUAUCCAUUGCAGCUUUUUGGUCAGGCUUCUGCAGAGUAAGUGAACUCGUUGCUGCAACCUGUUGAAUUCUCUUCCAGUGCCUUUUUCAUAGAUGUCUGAUAAAUCUUCUUUUCACGUUUGGAUGUCUGACCUUCUUUCUGGAUUUAGGGAAACGAGCAAAAAUGCAGCGAGAAACAAGAAACGACGAGAAAAGCAGAGGGAGAAGAAGGCAGCCGAAGCAUCAUCUUCGAGUACUGCAAGUUAA